ACACCAUGUACCUCCCGACUCUCCAUCCGGCGCGCGCACACGCGCUCCCCGCGCGCCCCUACAUUGUCGACAUCGUGCCGACGUCAUCUCACCUGGCCCUGCGCCACCCCGAGCCGGAGAUCACGCUGGCGGACCGCGCGACGCUGCAGAGCGUUGCGUCGCUGUCCGGCGCCCACACCGCGCCCGUAACGGCCGUGUGCGCGGACACGAGCAUCUGGAGCGCGGGCAAAGACGCGAAAGUGGUGCGGUGGGACGAGCGGACACAACGCCCCGUCGCCGAGAUCAAAGCGCACAUCCGCAAGCCGCUCCCCGUAACCGCGUUGGCCGUCAGCGAGGCCGAGCACCUCGUCGUAGGUGGCACGGAGGUGGUGUCGUCCGAAGCGCACAUCUUGUUCUGGGAUACGCGCAACGCCUCCGUCCCCGCGUACCGCCACAGCUCGACGCACAGCGACGAGAUCACACAUCUCUCGUUCCUCUCGCACGCGGAUGUGCCGGCCAAGCUCCUGCUGAGCGGGAGCGUGGACGGGUGCGUCGCGCUCUCGAAUGCGGCGGAGCACGACGAAGACGACGCCGUGCAGGCGGAGGAGAACUGGAACGCCUCGAUCGCCGGCGCCGGCGCAUACGCGUGGGCCGGCGGCAUGCGCGUGUGGGCGCGCAGCGACAUGGACACGCUGGCGGGAUGGGGCGUGCGCGUGGGCGACGAGGGCCUCGAGUUUGGGACGCUGGAAGAGGUGCCCAGCUCGCAGUUUAAGGCGCGGACGCUCGCGGGACCCUCGGGACCCCUUGUCUCCGAGUAUCUCGUCACGGCGGCGCCGAGCCUCGGCGUCGGGCGUGCGGGUGCUCCUGUUGUCGCGGCGGGGGCGAAUGAUGGCGCGGUCGUGCUCGAGUACAGCACAAGCGAGGCGUACGAGCCAAGCGCGUUCCUCCUCCCCGGGAGCAGCGGGCACGCGGACGUCGUCCGCUGCCUGUAUCACGCGCCGGCGGACCAGGCGGUGUACACUGGCUCGGAAGAUGGCGUGCUUGCGGGCUGGGGGCUGGGCGAUGUCCGCCUGCUGACUGGGGCGGAAGGCGAGCAGGACCAGGAGGUGGAGAUGGAGGAGGAGGAUGCGGAGCGGAGAGAUACACGCGAGGAACGGCGCAGCAAGAAGGAGAAGAGGCAGAAGAAGCGGCACGCGCCGUAUUAGAGGGCGACCUCCGGGCGUGGGGGUGGUUUAUAGUAUUGAUGCUAAUCGUCC